UUUAUAAGUACCUGUGGAUAUAUCCACUAUUUGUGAAGGGUAUGCGAAAGGAUCGUUUAGAUUUUGAAGACAUGUCCCGGUGUUCACAAUACGACUCCUCCAAGUAUUUGGUUGAAUGUUUGGAAAAAAAUUGGGAAGUUGAACUAAAGAAAAAAUCACCAAGAUUAUAUUUGGCAUUGUUCAAAACGUUUACCAAAUAUCAUAUUUUACCAUUCAUGUUGCUUUUAUUUAUCGAGUGUGUAGUCCGUAUGGCACAGCCUAUCCUACUCGGAUAUGUGAUUGAUUAUUUUGCUGGCGCUGACCUAAUAACAUAUGACCAUGCUUGUAUGGCGGCCGGGGGUGUGUGUCUAUGCACCAUACUAUACAUUAUGUUUUUUCAUACCACCUUGACACGUUUUAUGCAACUGGGAAUGCGCGCCCGUAACGCGUGCUGUACACUAAUGUAUAAAAAGUCACUCAAACUGAACCGGCUAUCAAUGGGUAAGACUACUGUGGGUCAGAUGAUAAACUUAAUGUCCAACGAUGCAAAUCGAUUUGAUGAGUUUGCACUAUUCGCCAGUUAUUUUAUAAUAUCGCCCAUUCAAACAGCCAUUACAAUAUAUAUAAUGUACACAUAUAUGGGAUGGGCAAGUUUGGUGCCAGUUGGUAUAAUAAUUUUGCUUAUUGUGUUUCAAUUGUUCAUGGGCAAAAUGUUUUCAAAAGUUAGAUUAAUGACCGCUAAGCUCACUGACAAUCGGCUCCGGCAUAUGGUUGAGAUUAUAUCCGGUAUGCGAGUCAUUAAAAUGUAUUCCUGGGAACAGCCCUUCGCAGACCUCGUGUCCGAAGCACGAAAGCAGGAGGUUUCGUGUAUACAGAAGUCUUGCUUUCUUAAAGCAAUCAAUAUGUCGUUGUAUAGUAUGGCAACAAAGUUGAUCUUAUUUACCAGUUUUAUCACCUUGGUACUCACUGGUGAUGUACUGACCGCUAAGGCUGUAUUUGUGUCAAUGAUGCUAUUUAAUUACGUGAGAGUCAAUAUGACCUGGUUCUUCCCACUUGCAAUCACUUUUGGAGCCGAGUUAUUGGAGAGCCCGUAUCCAACGCUUCAAAAUAUUUCUGCUCAUUUAAGACCCGGUGACUUAUUAGCUGUGAUCGGACCCGUGGGGGCCGGCAAGAGCUCAUUAUUGAUGACAAUCCUCAAUGAGCUGCCGGUGCUGUCGGGGAGUAUAGAAACGGUGGGAUCGAUAAGCUAUGCCUCUCAGGAGCCCUGGAAUUUCAAUAAUAGUGUCCGAAAUAAUAUACUUUUUGGGGCCGAAUAUAACGAAUCUCGAUAUAAGCGAGUGGUAGAGGUGUGCGCUUUGGAGCGAGACUUUGAGAUAUUUCCUUUCGGAGACAAGACAUUAGUCGGUGAGAGAGGGGUAUCGCUAUCGGGGGGACAGAAGGCCCGCAUCACGUUAGCCAGAGCUCUGUACCGAAACUCAGACAUCGUAUUAAUGGACGACCCGUUGAGUGCUGUCGACACUAGUGUUGCCGAACAUAUAUUUGAUAAAUGUAUAGUCGACUACUUGUGCGACAAAAUCCGUAUUCUAGUCACACAUCAAAUCCAAUUCAUACGAAAAGCGACACAAAUAUUGGUUUUGAACGACGAGGGAAAGUGUCUGGGAUUGGGAUCCUAUGAUGAGCUCCAGUCCCGGGGCUUAGACUUCAUGUCUAUUCUCAGCGAUCAGGAGAGGGAAGCGGCCGACAAGAAGGCAAAGGCCGAAGACAGGGACUUAAAGCGAACAUUUUCCCAAUCAAGUUAUGAUAUUAAAACAAAAUCCCGGACCACUUCUCUGGCUGAAAGUUUGAUGAUAAAUGAUGAAGAGAUAGAAAACGACCCAAAAAUUGCUGACGAGGGCCGGGAAACGGGUUCAAUAUCGGGAAAAGUAUAUUGGACAUUUAUUAAGGCAGGUGCAGGGACUGACAAAAAUCAAAACACAGAUAACAUUAACACUUCUGAUCAGAACAGAGAUGUGAUUAUCUACUCCUCAAUGAUGGCCGCGCUGUUCAUCGCAUCCCUAUUGAGAGCCAUCACAUGGUUUGUGAUGUUUAUGAGGGCUUCAGUUAAUCUCCACAACACUAUAUUCUACCGUCUAUUACGGGCCCCGAUAUCUGUGUUCGACAGCAACCCAGUUGGUCGGAUAUUAAAUAGAUUUACGAAAGAUCUUGGUAUAAUCGAUGAGCAGCUGCCAAGCACAUCUUUUGAUUUAAAUUUGAGUAUGACUCAGGGUGUCGGCGGAAUAAUCAUGAUCACAAUCGUCAACCCAUACUUGAUCAUACCAGCAUUUAUCUUAAUUGUAGUGCUUAUAGCAGCUAGAUCUGUUUACAUUAAAUCAGCUAGAGACAUUAAACGAGCUGAUGGUUUAACCAGGAGUCCAGUGUUUUCACACGUGAGCACUACUUUCAAUGGGUUGGCCAGUGUUAGGGCAUUUGGGGCACAGAAAGUGUUUGAGAGACAAUUUUACGUAUACCAAGAUGAUCAGUCGGCCACUUGGAUGCUCGCCACUACUGCCAGUCGUGCAUUUGGCCUAAUCACAGACGGACUGUGUUUUGUGUAUACAGUAAUAAUAUUUGCGGUGUUUAUGGUAUUUCCCGGUCAGUUGGGAGCGGGAGAGGCGGGACUCGCUUUAUCAUCAGCCCUAAUGUUGACGGGAAUGACUCAAUGGGGAGCCCGACAGUCGGCAGAGAUGGAGAGUCAGAUGACUUCAGUCGAGCGCAUCAUUGAGUACUCAAAACUUCCACAAGAGGCGGCCCUCACAGCACAUGAUAGCCAUAAACCCCCUCCCGAUUGGCCACAGAAGGGACAGAUAGAGCUCAAGGAUAUGAGUUUGUGUUACGAGGGAUCAGACAAACCGGUGCUCAAGAACUUGAGUUGUGUUAUAAAGAGUGGAGAG